CUUUCUGAUUUCUACCUUCUUAAGCUUUCUGCUUGGUUCGCGAGAAAAGUCUUGAAAGUGAAGAUUGUGUAAAAGUUCAAUGGGGAAUGCUUCGUCAAUGCUUACUCAAUAUGAUAUAGAAGAGGUUCAACGACACUGUCAUAAUCUAUUCUCCCAGCAAGAGAUAGUGUCCUUGUAUAAAAGAUUUUGCCAGCUUGAUCGUAAUGCUAAAGGAUUUAUCUCAGCUGACGAGUUCUUAUCAGUGCCUGAGUUUGCAAUGAAUCCACUUUCCCAGAGGCUGCUUAAAAUGGUGGAUGGUUUGAAUUUUAAGGAUUUUGUGGCAUUCUUAUCUGCAUUUAGUGCUAAAGCAAGUCUGGAACAGAAAGUAGGACUUAUUUUCAAGGUAUACGACUCAGAUGGUAAUGGAAAAGUAUCUUUCAAUGAUAUAUUAGAAGUUCUUCAAGAUUUGUCAGGUUCUUUCAUGUCUGAUGAGCAAAGACAGCAAGUGCUGUGCCAAGUUUUGAAAGAGGCAGGUUACACAAGGGAAUCUUACUUGAUGCUGGAUGACUUCAUUAAGGUUUUUGGACAUUUUGGCCUAAAAAUGGAGGUGGAAGUUCCAGUUGACUAAAGCUAAUCAGGCAGUCUUUCAUACCUUAAACUUGAGAUAAGCACUUGGAGAAAAAGACCCUCUAUUGUGCUUAUUGUUAAACGCUUUGAAGUCAAAUUGAAAGAACAUACAACUGUAUUCAUGUCUUUAUGUAUAACCUCAAAUUAAUUAUUAAAAAAAAAAAAGAAGAAAGGAACGAAGAAUCAGAAACUUGAGUGUUAGAAUAAACUUUCAGCUUAUCUGUAAAUGGUUCAUCAUCUCUGGAAUUUUUAGCAUUUGAGAUGUAUGAUUUAGUUGUUGACAAGUUACUUCUUUAUUCUCUAAUUUAUCUCAAAUACCUGCAUUUAUUGAUC